AUGUCAAAUAUUUUUGCUGAAAAGGUGUUGACUCUACCUUAUGAAUUAUUAUAUUCAAUAUUGGAUAAUAUCCCAGAUGAAUACUUAAUGCAAUAUAUCGAUUUCCCUACAAUCGGUAAGGUUGCACUUGAUAUUCUUUCCUCAAAUGUCAUUAUUUUCAAGGAAAGUCCCAGACUCAUUGAAGACUAUCUUACUGAUUGCCGAAUAGAGGGUGAACUUUUCCCCCGAGAUAAUAGUGAAACAAAACAUAGUAUAACAUUUGACUUGUAUGGGGUGCUCAGAUUUAUUGUAAAGUAUCCUCAUUUCAGACCUCACAGACUUUAUGUUUACGAAAUUUCAGAUUUUGAAAUCCUCCGAAGGAUAUGUAAAUGGAUAGUGGAUGAAGCGAAAUCCGUAUCUAUAUCCAGAAGAUUUUGUUUGGGCCCGGAGUUGCCGGGCAUAGUAUCCGAAUGCAGCAAUAUUGACCAUUUGAGCACCAGUAAUUGUCAGGAUGUAUUGGCUGAAAUUCCAUCGACGGUGACGGAGAUAACAUAUCGAAAAGUAUCACAUUUAAAUCCCUUUUUUCGGCCACUUCCGGUACCCUUUUUGAGAGUUUUCCCCGAACAUUUGAUCAAUGUGGAUAUAUGCGUAGAAGUCGAGGACUAUUUUAUACCAAAGUUGCCUAAUACGUUGAAACGCAUGCAUAUAGAAUUUAGCAGAAAGCCUCAACGCAAUGGGGAGGAGAGACCAAUGGGAAUCGACAUAGAACACUUGAAUAACCUUCAUACAGCCUCUUUCGAGGGCAUACAUUCACUUGCUUUCGGAGCAUUUAAAGCUCCGAAACAACUAAGGAACCUUCAUAUCGAGGCAUGUACAGUGCAUGGAGACUGGAGAUAUUUAGCCCAACUUACCAAUUUGAGAAGUUUGCAAGUCGCAGCGGGUGACAUUUAUACAAAUAUAAUUGCAGAGUUCCCUACAUCGUUAACAGACUUGGUAGUUGACACGGAAACCGAGUGCAUAGCCGAAACAUUUGAGUUUCCGCCCAGGCUCGUCCUGUUGUAUUUAGACCAUAUCGAGCUACCAGUUUCAUAUCCCGAAAUACAGUUUCCACAUACCCUCAAGAAUUUACACCUAGGGUUGGCAGAUAAGGAUUAUCUAUUGCAAGAAUUAAAUCUACCAGAACUAGAAACUUUGACACUAGAAGCCAAUGUUCUCCACCUUCGGAUCCUUCCGAAAUCUUUGCGUGAGUUUUCUUAUCGGUACGGUAAUUUUUUUGCAGCAAUUAGAAGCGAACUAAAAGAGUAUACCAAUUUGACCUCGCUUUCAUUUAACGGGCUUAAGCUUGUUGGACUUGAUUGCAGAAUGCCCCCAAAUCUCGAAAACUUGGACUUGAGAAACAAUUGGUUACCAGAAAUCUUGUUAGAUUACACCAAGAUACGAAAGUUGUAUGCUUGCAGGAAUAAAUUGCCCCAUCUCAACAAAGCUAGCUUGAAAUUACCCGAGGGCCUACUUGAAUUGCAUUUGAACGAAACUGAUUUGCACAAGGAGGGUGAAUAUAGUACCUUUUCAGUGCACCCCCCUGUAUAUGAACCUUGCUUUCCAGAAUCGUUGGAGUUUUUAUCUCUAGGAGAUCUGAAUAUUACGGAUGCCAUAUUGAACAAACUUGAAUUAUCAAGAUGCACGAAGUUAAAAGAGCUUUCAUUACAUGCAAACUAUAUACUGCUGCUCUCAUCAAGAGAUUUUCCCAAGUCCUUAGUUUUUCUUGAUAUUUCGAGUAAUCGGAUUAAGAAAAUUGUUGACGGUGACCUUUCAGGCUUUAAAUCGUUGAGAGGAAUAAAUGCAAGCAAUAAUACCAAGCUUGGAAGUGGAUUGGUAGACAAACCUAUUGUAUUUCCUCAAUCAUUGGAAUAUAUAAAUCUAUCAGCUUGUAGGAUUCCAAGUAACGCUGUUCAGAAUCUAGUGGUGAAUGAUUGCAAAAAUUUAAAGUGGGUAUUUCUUCUAGCCAAUAAGCCAAUUCCCGACUUGCUGAACUUCCUUGAUGCUGUACAAAGAUUCUGUCCCUUGAUUUCUUCUGUACAUGUUGACGACAAGAAUUAUAUACCUUUUAGGUCUAUGGGUUUUAGUUUUCUAGAUAGGACAUAUGAUCAUACCCUAUUUCAAGCUUUGAAGAAGAGAAAUUUGGUGUCCGUUGAAGACGGCGCCCGUUAUUUCGAUGAAAUAUUAUAG